UAUGCAGGAUCAAGAUACUCCAAUUUCUGCAUAAGUUCUCCUUGGUACCAAUUUGCAUAUGUGCAGGGUCGGAGCCUUUGGUCUGUUUGCAACUAGAAUUUGAGACACUGGUCCAGAGUAGGUGUUGGGAAUAUAUACUGAAGAUGCCGAGUCCCAGGCUUCCCCGAACUUGGCUCUCCAGGCUGCAAUCGACGGAGGCCGGCCUUGUUUAUCUCCCCUCAUGGCCGAUCAAGGAGGCGAACAGUGUCAAUCUGUCAUCGACACCUCAGGGUCUAAAAAACAAGCACCGAGUCCUUCUCCUCCAUGAAUCAGAUGUCAACGAGGCAACACGAAUCUGCAUGAGGCUGAACAUAAAAGAAACAAAAUGGAGACAACUCGACGAGUUUAGGGACAACAUGUCAUCGACGUUGAGCACUUUUCCAGUCAGGGAAAGGAUUUUUUAUGCCGCGCUAGGACUUUUCGUGCUAUGGAUUGAAAUAGUCCAGUGUCCAGUAUUAUGGGAUUCACUGAAUUCAAUGCUGCUUCAUACUUCAGAGUUCAGACAUUUAUAUGUGCACAACAUGUGCCUUCUAAUUACGAGGCGUCUACUGUUUCUGAAUUUUGGGGUGGCAGCAACAAGGGCGAGGAGCAUGAUCGUGACACAGAGAUGGGCAAGUGCAGGGAAUGCAGGCAGCGGAAAGUUGUUGCGUUGCGGUUACCAACUACAGGGCCAAAUAUGUCGCCAGCCAUCCGCGCAUUAACUAAUUUAUGGCAGUGCUUUUGCUGGAGAUGGAAAUUCAUAGAGAUGACGCCCUAUUGAUAGAGGCGAGUGGACUGGAGGUGUGCGUUGCACUGAGGGCAAAUCAAAGGCUGAAAGUUUGUCAAAUUUCCUGUGCUUGGGUAUGGCUGGUUUGUAAGCAAAUGAGGAUACUCUGCCUUUUUACAGUGGUAUAUUGUUUAGUGAGGGGAAGGUACUCUCUUUUUCUAGACGGAAGAUCAUCUGCUUUGUGGCAAGGGGAUAUAUCGUGUUACUUCUCCCCCGUUUUUGUAUGUCUAAAUUCAGUAACAAGAUUAUACUCCUUGUUAAUUUUCCACGGCG